UUCAAAACUGCAAUAAUUUAGAUAAAAAGUAGGAUUACUAUGAGAUUAGAAAGAAAAGUAGGACAGAAAAACUUUAGGCCUUUUUCUUUCUUUCUUUUUUUUUCUUUUUUUUUUUAAAAAUUUAAUCUCUGAAACAGAGACCCUCCACUAUUUCGGAUUAUCAAACGGUCUCUCUGGCCUCCUACAAACUACACUUUCAAAUAUAUAAGUUCUUUCCCUUUUUGCUUUCCCUUCUCACUUCUGCAAAACGAAAAAAAAUCACCAAGAUGAUCAAUCCCAUGCAUACCUCGAUUUCACAUAACAAGUCGGUCUUCUUCUUCUUCUUCGUCAUCAUCUUCUUCUUGUUCUCGUUUUUUUCCCCAACUGUCUCGGAUCCCAGAAUCUCCAUAGCUGGAAUGUAUUGUGGCAGAGCUAGAGCUCCGGCUAAGGCAAAUUUCAUCCCAACUUUUGUCAAAGAAAUGGAAAGUUUGUCCCAAACCAUAACAGACCAACAAUGGGGAACCCAUUUUGUCAAUACUACAAUACCCAUUUACGGCUUAGCCCAAUGCUUCCAAGACCUCUCUCGCACAGAUUGUCUCCUCUGCUACGCUGCUAGCCGUACAAAACUUCCUCGUUGCCUCCCUUCAAUCUCUGCUCGCAUUUACCUCGAUGGGUGUUUUCUAAGAUACGACAAUUACAGCUUCUAUAAAGAAACUACGGACACUUCUAGAGACACCGUGAAUUGCAGCUCCAAAUAUGCGGUCCUUGAUGAUCAAAGUGGGAAAUCGCAGUUUGUUAAAAAUGUGAAAUUCGUGGUGAAUAAUGUGACGAGUAUUGCCUUGAAAAAUGGUGGGUUUGGUGUGGCUGAAGUGAAGGGAGUCUAUGCCUUGGCACAGUGUUGGAAAACUGUUGGCUAUGUUGGUUGCAGAGCUUGCUUGGAAAAGGCAGCCGAGGCGGUCGGAAAGUGUGCUCCCAAGAGAGAAGCGAGGGCUUUGUAUGCUGGGUGUUAUUUGAGAUAUUCAACUGACAAGUUCUAUAAUGAUAAACAAGCCUCGCGGGAUUCAGAUAGAAUUUUAGGAAAUACAGGAUUAAUAGUAGCAAUUGUUCUAACCGGAACUGCAUUCAUAAUGCUAUCUCUGUUUGCUGCUUAUGCUGCCUACGCAAAGCUAUCAAAUACUAAAGGACGUGGUAAUCUCGGCAAGGUUGCUUCUAGCAUGAACAAGUCCAGCUUGAAUUUCAAGUACGAAACACUCGAAAAGGCCACAGAUUAUUUCAAUCCUUCAAGAAAAAUUGGCCAAGGAGGAGCUGGUUCUGUAUUCAAAGGAAAUCUUCCAAAUGGAGAAACUGUAGCUGUAAAAAGAUUGGUAUUCAAUACUAGGCAAUGGGUAGAUGAGUUUUUCAACGAAGUUAAUUUGAUCAGUGUUAUUCAGCACAAGAACCUGGUUAAACUUCUUGGCUGUAGCAUUGAAGGACCUGAGAGCUUGUUGGUCUAUGAGUAUGUGCCCAAGAAAAGUCUCGAUCAGUUUCUUUUCGAGAAGGACAAGGUUCAGAUUCUGAUUUGGAAGCAGAGGGUAAAUAUUAUUGUUGGAAUAGCUGAAGGGCUUGCAUAUCUUCAUGGAGGUUGUAAAGUAAGAAUAAUACACAGGGAUAUAAAAAGCAGCAACAUUCUUCUUGACGAGAACUUGAAUCCAAAGAUUGCAGAUUUUGGCCUUGUUCGCUGUUUUUCUGCUGACAAGACUCAUCUUAGCACUGGGAUUGCUGGAACACUGGGUUAUAUGGCUCCUGAGUAUCUAAUUAGAGGGCAAUUGACAGAGAAAGCAGACGUAUAUAGCUUUGGAGUUCUAGUUCUUGAGAUUGUAUGUGGAAGGAGGAACAGUGCCUUUAAACAAGACUCGGGUUCCCUACUACAGAUGGUUUGGAAACACUACAAGUCAAAUGAAUUGGCUGAAGCUGUUGACCCUUGUUUGGGAAAUGAUUUCCCAGCAAACGAGGCAUCAAAAGUGCUUCAAAUUGGGCUUUUAUGCACACAAGCUUCAGUUUCUUUAAGACCAUCAAUGGCUGAAGUGGUGACAUUGCUGACCAAUAAAGAGGGAGAUACACCUAUUCCAAAUCAACCUCCAUUCUUAAAUGCCAGUGUUUUAGAGCCAUCCAGCUCCGUAAGAUCUUACAGCACACAUAGUUUAGCAUCAAAUGCAUUUACAAAAUUUGAAGCUUCUUCUUGCUCCACAGAGUUGUCUAGUGCUCGGAGUUCAAAUGGUAUAGUAAGGAGUGGAAUGAGUCAGAUUAUUUCCUUUACAGAUGGGCCAUCAAGAAGUGAAGAAUCUACCAAAUAACUAAAAAUUUCCAACAAUUUUGAACCACACGUUGCUGUAAGUUUCGACGGAUUGGCAUUCGGCCAAGAUUUGGACAAAGAAUUGCGUGACAAAAUGGGGCUCAAAGUGAGCUACUUUCCGUGGCAAAGAAAAGGAGACUGCAAAGAAGGAAUGAAUGGACUACAGCUAAUUAACCCAAAAAUUUUGAUUAGGUAGAUAUGUGUGAGGAAGGUGGAUCAUCAAGGACUAAUGUAUCCAUUACCAGAAAGAUAUCAGAAUUUUCUGAUCCCUCAUUUGUGUUCGUGUCAGAAUCCCAUUAAAUUUCAAUAGUAGGUGAGGUGGUUGCCAGGACCCCCAUAUGGAUAUCUGUCC